AUGAGGAGGAUAGCCCGCGUAUACAACGGGUACGCCGUGGUACUCGGCAUGACUUCGUAUGUGAGUACCAGUGGCAACGAAGGAUUUCGGCAAACAAGGAUAACGCAGGCCUACGCGUUUGUCGUUAAUCUGAUCACCCUGAUCUUCUUGCCGCUGGCGUUGUGGAAGGCAGCGCACUUCCAGAGCCUGGCCAAGUGGCUGCCAAAGUUCAUGUGGAUUACGCCGUAUGUUCUUUAUUCCGUCAACUACGGUGUGACCUUCUACACACUAAUAUCAAGAUACUAUAGAGACGCAAUCUUACUGGACCUUCAUGCAAUGAUAUUGAAACUGAAUCGCGAAUUCAAGCAAAGUGGAAUGCAGAUGGACCCCAACCUCCGCCGAGUGUUUUACAUAAAAACCUUCACAUUGACCUACUUGUGUUUUGGCUACUUUCUGGCGCUCUUCAUUUUCCAAUGGGGGCAGUCUUGGGCGUUUUUUUUGGACACACUGCUCAUCAAUACGGCGUACAGCAUCCUGAUUACCAAUACCUACUUUUACUUUGUGUCCUUCUGGCAAAUCGCCAAAGGAUUCGACUUGGUAAGCCAGCAGUUUGCCGAGAUCGUCGCUGGACGGCUGGAGGGUCGAGCAGAGGAGCUCCGCAAUCUGUGGGCCUUGCACGAGGAUCUCUGCCGGGUAGUGCACCAGAUAAACAGGUACUACGGACCGCAAAUGCUUUUCUCCCGGUUCGAUUAUUUCAUGUUCACCGUCCUAAAUGGAUACAUGGGCAUGGUGUUUGCCCACUCCAAGGACACCCUGAUUAUGGAAAAGUGGUAUGGUGCCUUUAUAUUUUGGAUACGCAGUGUGGACUUUUUCCUAAACGACUACAUCUGCCACUUGGUUACACAGUACCAGAGUGGACCAAAGAUCAUAUACUUCGAGGAUGACAUGACCCAGGAGGUGAAUAUUUGA